AUGAUUUGGAAAAGAUUACCGAAAACGCUUCCUUUUUUUAAGGCAAGGUUUCAAUCGCCAAUUUUUCGAUCGAUAGGGACAAUCGAGGCUACCUCUGUUGCCCCUAAGAAAAACAACUUCAUCGUUGGUCUUUUGACUGCUGUGCCUAUCAUUUGUUUUGGAUUAGGUACUUGGCAGGUAAAGCGCCGCGAAUGGAAAGUUGGCAUCAUUGAUACUUUGACAGACAAACUGAAACAAAAUCCUGUACCCCUUCCCUCAAAUCUACAAGAAAACGAUAUCCAAGACAAGGAGUGGACCAAACUUGCUCUCAAAGGUACAUUUUGUAAUGAUCAAGAAAUGCUUGUUGGCCCAAGGACGAAGGAUGGAAGUCCAGGAUUUCAUGUAGUCACCCCGUUUGUUCUCGAAGAUGGCCGUCGUAUUUUGGUGAACCGGGGUUGGAUUUCCAGGUCUUUAGGUGAUCCAUCUCUUCGAGAUAGCACUUCCGUACCCACUAAUACAGUACAAAUUGAGGGAUUAUUGAGAAAGCAUACCGAAAAACCAAAGCUCAUGAUGAACAAUGACCCAUCCACAGGCUCCUUUUUCUUUUUAGACGUUCACGAAUUUGCAGGUCUUAAAAAUACCCUUCCUAUUUUAGUCACUCAAUUAGGACCCGAGCUUUCCCGUUUUGAAGAAGCUACAAUGAUACAAAAAGGCAUUCCUUUGGGUCAUCCUCCUCGUGUCGAAAUCUUUAAUCGACAUACAGAAUAUAUUAUUACUUGGUAUUCUUUGAGUUUACUGUCUGCUAUUAUGCUUUACGUUUAUUUCCGUAGAGGUUCUGGCACUGUUUCUUUAACAUCAGCUUAUGAAAGAAGUCGAGUUCGACUUUAA